GACAAGUGACAGCUGAUGUAGAAUGCAAACUUCGUUGUGAAAUAUCAAAAUAUACACAUAUAUAUAUACAAAUCAUAUGUAUAAUAAAAUGUUUAUUUAUUUUCGUUUGGCGACAUCCAGUUUCUGAACAUUCCUCAUUAACUCCGAAAUACUUGUACAUAUACAAACUGAUGUAAACAGUUCACGUUUGACGUACUAUCUAAAACGAACGAUUCGUAAUUAACAUGACCAGGGUCUCAGAAAUAUCCUCUAGCAGUGUCCACGACCUAUCAGAUAUUGAUUACAUAAAGAAAUAUGCCAAACAAAUGUUAAGAAAUUCACUAUUUAUUGGAACGUUUCAAGAGAAACGAUUUGUGGAACCAUUAAACUCGUAUCGAGAUGUCAUUACUAUUGCCAGAGAUGAGGAAGAUUUCAUAAACAAUCUCCUGGUGGUCAAAAGAAAGAUCGACGAGGGAUUCCUUAAGAAACCCUGGCUUGGUAUUACUGAUCCGGAUACUGUUGGAGCACCAGUCGGUUAUAACUUGUGGGUGGAGCUAAAGGAGGAGGUCUUCGGUAAAUAUUGGUACAAAGUAAAGACGGUAGAGUUCCAUGAAAAUGAAAUACGCUUGAAAUUAGACAUAAUUCGAUCUGUAAAACAAGAACACUCUCCUUUAAGAACCAAUACUAAUGCUUCCAGUACACAGCAAAAUACUGAUGCUGUUGACUUUAGGGACUAUUUCAACCAAAUUUGUGAGGCAUUAAAGUUUAAUUUGAUGAAUUUCUGCUCAUCUGUGCUAACUUUUAACAACAUCAAACAAUCUGUGAUAUUUUUAUCUCUUCUAAUAGGAGCUAUUAUUACGGGAGGUGUCGGUUUGAUCCAGUAUCUCUUAGAAUAUUUGUUGAAAUUGCUAAGAGAAAUUUCUUUCUUGAUUAAAGCUGUUACUCCUAUCGUCACAACUUGCGUAAACUUAGUAGGGAAAUCUAUAUUUGGGUUCUACUCUAUGAUUGUAGCUUUGUAUAGAUGCAAACCAGCUCCGCCGGCUGUAUAUGCCUCUUACGUUCAGUAUGAUCCUAGAACGAGGUACUAUGAACCAGCCAUGCCCAACUAUCGUAAAGAAAUACUAUAUCACCCCGAUACAAGGUCCAGAUCGGGGGUAACAAUCACCCCAUUAAAUUAAAGAUAUAAACAGGAACUUAGGAGUUUUAUUGUGUAAACAUGUUGUUUUUAAAUUGUUUAUGGUGAAGUAGCAGUGUUACCAGUAUUUGUUUUAUAUUUCUCUAAAACUUUUUGAUUCUUGUCAAUAGUGUGUAACAAAAGUUUUAUUUAAUGCGUAUGAUAUUCGCAAUCAUAAUAAAUCCACAACAAAUUGGUAUAACUUUCUCAAAAUUUAAAAUAAGGAUUUUUGUGAUUUUUUUUGCUUAUAAAUUUUUGUUUAAUUGUAUGCACAAUUCUUUUUAUCCGAAAACUAAUAAUAGUGAUUGCUACCUUUCUUGGCUUUUGCAACUACAAUUUUUUUCUUCAAUUAUUGACAUUAAUUCAGAAAAAAAUCAAGUGUUUAAAAAUUGAAGUAAUAAAAUAGU